AAGAAACACAGGAACAGACACUCGGAGACCUGGCCCCACACUCCUUGCUCCAAGGGGCAGUCAGGACAGGCUGAAAAUAGAAACCGCUUCCAAAAAGAUAAAGGGGAUGACUCCAGCAGAGCACCCCACUCCUUUGAAGAGCUCAAAGGAAGAUGUCAGACCAGUCUCUUCCUAUAGCAACACCCCCUACCCAGAAGCCCCCUCGGAUCAUCCGCCCCCGUCCCCCUUCUCGAACCCGUGCGACCCAGUCCCCAGGACCCCCCCACAAUGGCUCCUCUCCACAAGAACCUCCCAUCGCCUCCAAUGAUGCACCAACCCCAAUGUGCACCCCCCUCUUCUGGGAGCCCCCAGCCUCUUCCCUCAAGCCCCCUGCCCUUCUGCCCCCUUCAGCUUCUAAAGCUAGCCUCGACUCCCAGACUUCCCCGGACUCGCCUUCCAGCACCCCCAGUCCAGUGUCCAGGCGCUCCAUCUCCCCAGAACCUGUUCCCAGGUCUCCAGUCCCUCCCCCUAAACCCUCUGGGUCACCCCGCACACCUCUGCCCCUGCCUCACACAGCCCCCCGUGUCCCUGUCCAGGAUGGCUCUGCCUCUGCUCUAGGCACUGUGCGGAGACUGGCUGGCAGGUUUGAAUGGGGAGCUGAAGGCAGGGUUCAGGCUGCAGACGUCCUGGACCCAGCUCCCCAAGGGGGAGUGGAUGUGAACGGGGAGGGAGAGACGACCCAGGGCGUCCUCACAGGAAGAGGAUCUCAGGAGAACGGCACUCUAGAAGCUGCCCUGGCCUGCCCUUCCUGCUGCCCCUGUGUCUGCCAUGUUGCCCGACCUGGCCUGGAGCUCCGAUGGGUCCCUGUGGGGGGUUUUGAGGAUGGUCCCAGGGCUCCCUGCCGAGCCUCCCCACUGCGAACCUCCCGCUCCCGCCCCAGCCCUCCCAGCAUCAGUCACCCCCCAGUGGUCCUCACAUCCUACCGCUCCACUGCUGAGCGCAAACUCCUGCCACCUCUCAAACCCCCAAAACCAAGUCGGGUCAGGCAAGACGCCACCAUCUCCGGGGAUCCCCCACAGUCAGAUCUCGAUAUGCCUUCCGAAGAUGGAAUCCAAACAGGAGACAGUCCGGAUGAAGCUCCUCAGAAUACUCCUGCAGCAACCAUAGAGGGCAGGGAUGGGGAAGGGCUAGAAGAGCUGAAAGAGCAGAACUGGGAGCUACCCCUGCAGGACGAACCCCUGUACCAGACCUACCGAGCAGCCGUGCUGUCAGAGGAGCUGUGGGGGGUCAGUGAGGAUGGGGGUCCCUCCCCAACAAAUCCUGGAGAAGGUCCCACCUUCACCCGGCCCCCUGGACCUCGCAACACUCUGUGGCAGGAACUUCCAGUUGUGAGAGCCAGUGGCCUCCUGGACACACUCAGCCCCCAAGAGAGGCGCAUGCAGGAGAGCCUGUUUGAGGUGGUGACAUCUGAGGCCUCCUACCUGCGCUCCCUGCGGCUGCUGACUGACACCUUUGUGCUGAGCCAGGCUCUCCGGGACACACUCACCCCCCGGGAUCACCACACCCUAUUCUCCAAUGUGCAGAGAGUUCAAGAAGUCAGUGAGCGGUUUCUAGGGACAUUACUGUCCCGUGUGCGCUCUUCCCCUCACAUCAGUGACCUGUGUGACGUGGUGCAUGCCCACGCCGUGGGGCCUUUCUCGGUGUAUAUAGAUUACGUGAGGAAUCAGCAGUACCAGGAGGAGACCUACAGCCGCCUCAUGGACACAAAUGUGCGCUUCUCCACCGAGCUGCGUAGGCUGCAGAGCCUCCCCAAGUGCGAGCGGCUCCCGCUGCCUUCCUUCCUACUGCUGCCCUUUCAGCGAAUCACGCGGCUCCGCAUGCUGCUGCAGAAUAUCCUGCACCAGACAGAGGAGGGGUCCAGCCGCCAUGAGAAUGCCCAGAAGGCCCUGGGUGCUAUCAGCAAGAUCAUUGAGCGUUGCAGUGCUGAGGUGGGGCGGAUGAAGCAGACUGAGGAGCUGAUCCGGCUCACCCAGAGGCUGCGCUUCCACAAAGUCAAGGCCCUGCCUCUGGUCUCCUGGUCUCGACGCCUGGAGUUACAGGGGGAGCUGACGGAGUUAGGGUGCCGGAGGGGGGGCGUGCUCUUCACUUCGCGCCCCCGCUUCACUCCCCUCUGCCUGCUGCUCUUUAGUGACCUGCUGCUCAUCACUCAGCCUAAGAGUGGGCAGCGGCUACAGGUUCUGGACUAUGCCCAUCGCUCCCUGGUCCAGGCCCAGCAGGUUCCAGACCCAUCAGGGCCCCCGACGUUCCGCCUCUCCCUUCUCAGCAACCACCAGGGCCGCCCUACCCACCGGCUACUCCAAGCUUCGUCGCUAUCAGACAUGCAGCGCUGGCUGGGAGCCUUCCCCACGCCGGGCCCCCUUCCCUGCUCCCCGGACACCAUCUAUGAGGACUGUGACUGUUCCCAGGAUCUGUGUUCAGAGCCUUCUGCACCAGCCAAGACUGAGGGACGGGGUCUGGAGUCCAGGGCUCCCCCCAAGCACCUGCACAAAAGCCCUGAAGGCUGGCUGAAAGGGCUUCCUGGGGCCUUCCCUGCCCAGCUGGUGUGUGAAGUCACAGGGGAACAUGAAAGGAGAAAGCACCUUCGUCAGCACCAGAAGCUCCUUGAGGCUGUUGGGCCCUCUUCAAGCACCCCUAGCACCCCCCAAACCUAAUGCAGGCUGGGGAGGGGGCACAGGUUGGGACAGCUGGCAGUGUGCCAUGGAGAGGACAAAGCCCAUCUAUCCAUUGGAUUCGCUCUCUGUGGAAACACUACCUCUAGUGGCAACUAACAAAGACCAAGCUUCAGGACAAGGCAGCCAAGGACAACAGAGCUGUCUGAACUCAGGCAGUGAAGGAGAAUGAGGAUGGCUUGAGUGAGUGCCCAGUGGAGACAGAGGCUUGGUGCAGAGACACCUAAUGGGUGCUGAGCUGGCUGAGCCUCUGGCCAAUGAGGAUCCCUGCUAUGCUCACAGCCUAGGAAGAUGAAGCUAGGUUGAUGCAGUUAAAAAGGCCUGCGUUGGAGAUAACGCCUUAGGAUUAAAAUAGCCAACAGCGAUGAGCAGAGACCCACCCAUCCAAAGAAGAUGGUGAUCUGGACCCAAGAGACCAGUAGUGACCCUGCUUGGCUCUACAGCCACGACCCGUCCUGCCCUUUGAGUCUAGAAAGUAUUAGAUUCCAUUCUCAUGUGCCUCCUGUGUCCUUUCAAGUCACUUCUUCUCUUCCAGAAGAAUUCAGAGUGUGUUUAUCAGAGAAUCUGUGUGUGUGUGUGUGUGUGUGUGUGCAUGUGUGAAUAUGUAUAUGUAUGUUUCUGGUGAAUGUGGUAUGUGUGUGUGAUCUUGCCCUCCUCCCAGAUGACUGAGUCCUCCAUUUCUUUCUUCACCACCCAUUUUAACUAUUAUUCUCUCUGAGAAAAACACUCGGUCUGAGUGCCAGAGGAAUAUGUGCUGGGUGUGGCUUUGCAGCCAGAGGCCAGAGCUGGGUUCUGGGGUCUCUUGGAGGCCAGGGUUCCAUGACAGUUGGAGGGCGAUAUUAUGAAGCAGCCAAGCAGCCUGGUAGAGGAGUCUGAGGGACUGAAGAUGGCCAGUAGCUUGCGCCGAGGCCCCCUGAAGCCCACAGGCCUUUCUUGCCGCAAAGCUUGGCCUCCAAAAUCUCUGCCUGCAAAUCCCCAACUGUACAAUAAUCAGUUACCCCGUCUCAGCCUUGGGCCUCAGACCAGCUCUGGACCCCAGGUUUGGGGGAAGAAACAGGAGCUGUGGAUCGUGGGUUGGCUGGUGAGCCUCCUGGCCUUUCUUGCCUUCAUCCUGGUCUUCUCACAGAAACACUGGACCAAGCAGUGGGCAGAGAACAGAGAGUACUCUUGCUGCCCAACCUCAUCCAGAGUGUCUGCUUCCAGAUGAGAAAUUGCCCUUGUACAAUGCCAGAGGGAGUUGAAGGCUGGAGACAGAGCGGAGCAGACAGUUGCUGGCGAGUGGAGCCCAGGCCUGGCACAAGGCUUUCCCUGAGCAGCAUCCUCACAACUUCCCUUCAGCUCAUGCAUAACAACUUGCCCAGGACAGAAACUCCCAUGCCAACCACAGGAGGUGCAGGGACUCUGGGAGACUCAGAGGGAGAAAGGCACUGGUGUAUGGCAUGUCCAUGACUUUGGAGAUUCACCUAGCACAUAUCUGGCUUAUGAGAAACCCUCAGUAAAUGUUGGUGGAGUUGUAUUGAGGCUUUUCAGGGGACUGAAUGCUUAAAGAAGCUGUGGUUUCCAAAUGUGGCUUCAUAAGGGGGGUGGGACUGGUUGGAAAGGGAGUCUUUAAAAGCAGAGGCCAGUUCUGCUGGGAACUGGGCUUGGUGACUAGGAACAAAGCCCCAGCGUGUCAGCCAACUCAUAACUACUGAGGGACCUAAGGCAGCAGUGGUGGCGGAUUUGUAGAAGCUGGGGCAGAGGGCUCCUGCAGGUUGGGGAAGAAGACAGGGCAGGGCCAGGUAUGGCUGGGGCUCCAGCAGCGCAGGAAGAUGCAGCAAGCAGGACAAAAAGGGCUAUCAGUCAGCAAUAAAAGUCCUUUCCUGACCAGUCAAGCAUCUCU